GCAGGUACAGCGUAGGUUAUUCGACGAAGAAGACUUGACGGCUUCUAAGGCAGAAAAGUUGAUUGUAACUCAAGAGUUAUCAUCCGAUAGAACUCGUUUUGUGAGCCGUGGCGAGGAAAAUAGGGCUAGUGUUGUAGCCAGGCUGGGUAGGCGUAGUCCGCCUAGGCAAACGUUUCGUGGUAGGAGCAGGAGUUUAGAUCGAGAUAGGACCUACUAUAUGAGAGAGAGAAGCGGGGGUAAGAGAGACGACAAGAUCGAUCCUGAUAGGGUUUUUACGUGUUCUUAUUGUCAUAAGACUGGGCAUACAAAAAAGUUUUGCUUUAGAUUGAAAAGAAGAAGUCCACGGAAAAGCCCUAGGAAAAGCAAACCAUUUGUAAAGUUUAUUGGUUCCCCUAAACCCUCAUCUCAUUCUUCGGGUCUUUUUAAGCGGUUAAAACAGGAUUUGGCUUCUGACUCCGAAGACGAAGAAUCACCUUGUAUGAUGAUUUCCGCCAGAAGUAAGAUGAAUGAGCCAUGCCAUGUGGAAGUAAUGGUUGAGAAAAGACGUUUGACAAUGGAAGUCGAUUGUGGAUCCGCCGAGAGCGUAAUUUCCGAGACUUUUUUUUUGAGAAAUUUUAAUAAAUGCUUCAUUGAAGAUUGUCGUAAGAAAUUAUAUGUGAUUGAUGGUAAUAGGCUUAGCAUUUUGGGAAAAGUGAGAGUUUCGGUUGAGCAUAACGGAAAUACGGAGCAACUUUAUUUGAUCGUGCUUCGAGGAGACAAGGAUUUCGUGCCGUUGAUGGGUCGUUGCUGGCUGGAUAUUUUCUACAAUGGAUGGCGGAACACCUUUUCUAGACCGAUGACAACUGACGGGCAUAUAAAUGCCAUGAUGGAUGACGACGCGAAGGAAGAAGCGGUUGUAGAAAUUAAGAAUUUCGUUAGGCGGUCGAGUGAUUUCGGCGCAUAAGCGCCAACUUAAGAUUGCUGAAGAC